CUUUAUUAGCGUCAUGCGCAGACAGAAAUUCCAAACAGCAACAGAAGUUUUGUGGCAAUAGUCUGAUAGAUUGUGGGAAAUUAUUGUUUCCUGCCAGAAUGGUGGACACAGACCCCUCGAUUAUAGGAAAAAUUUCCUACUACUGUAGGGAGAGCUAUUACUGUCACAUGGAAAAUGCUGCCAUUGAAGCACUACAGAAAUAUAGUAAUGACCCAGUCCUCAAGUUCUUUAAGGCAUAUGCUAUCAUCUUGCAAGGUCGUGUUCAAGAAGGGAUCAGAGAGCUGGAUGUACUUAAAGACAAGAGGGAUGUUAAUAUUUGCUCAACAAUGGCUCUGAUGUAUGCACACAAACACAGUCAAUCUGUUGACAGGGAAGCAGUUACCGAGCUGGAUGCCAAACUGAAGGAGGAAAGAAAACAAAGUGGAGAAAUGGGUUUAUACUACGGUGCAAUGUUUCUGUUGUUGAAUAACAAACCAGACAAAGCCAGAGAAUACAUUGACAGAAUGCUUAAAAUGGGCAUAACCAAAGAGGGACUUGUUGCAAAAGGAUGGAUUGAAUUGCUGAGUGGCAGAGAGACAAAGAAAGCCAUUAAAUUCUUUGAUGACGCCAUUGGAAUGGAAGGUUCCCGUGAUAUAAAUGCCUUGCUGGGAAAAGCAAAAUACCUGGAGAUGCGACACAAUUUUACUGGUGCUCUAGAAUUGAUCAAUCAGCUGAUUGUGACCUACUCUGGGUUUAUGCCAGCUCUUAUUGAGAAAAUGAAACUACAACUGAAUCUCCAGGACUGGGACCAGGCCAUUGAAACAGCACAGAGAGCUUUGGAUUCUGAUCUACACUGUACAGAAGCUCUGAAGUAUCAGGUCAUCUAUCUCCUGUCCAGGGACGGUAACUACUCAGAAGCCUCCAACAAGAUAGGGGAUCUUAUAUCAGCCUUGGACAGAUUUGAACCUAGAAGUUCCUUUCUUUACUACCACAUGGCACAAAUCUUUUGUAGAAUGUGUGGGAGGAAUGCUCUGGUUCUACAACAGACGUAUACCCUGGUGGAGCGCUCAGUGCAGCAGGACUCUGAGAACACCGAAUAUAUUAAUGAGCUGGGUUUCCAACUCCUGCUUCAGGGCAAGGUCAAAGAUGCCAUGAAGUGUUACAGAAACGCCAUGAAAAUCAAUGACACCAGUGUCCAGUCACUCACGGGUAUCAUUCGCUGUCAGUUGAUUGAAAACCAGUUGGAUGACGCUGCACAGCAGUUAGAUUUCCUACAAGAAGUACAACAAAGUAUAGGAAGAACAUCUGAACUGGCCUACUUAAGUGCAGCAUUGUGUAUAAAGCGAGGUGAAGGUCCAGAGAAAGCUUACAAACUCCUGAAUGAAGCUGUAGAGAUUCACUUCUCCUCCUUGAAGGGAAAUCCUCUUGGACCUCAAUAUUUCCUCCUCCUCAAUCCGGACUUUCUCCUGCAGAUGAUAAAGGAUUUCUUGGUAUUUGCUCCUACACAACCUAUAAAGCAGGGACAACCCCCGGAUCCACUCCUGAAACGUUGCUGUCAGGUACUGGAGGCCUUGACCCGGACUGUGCCAGGGCUGCUGGAGGCCCUGUAUCUGAUGGCCAAAGUCAGAUUCCUACAAGGCGACAUUGACUCUGCGCAGGGGACCCUGAAUCACUGUCUGGAGAUGGAGAACACAUACUCUGACGCCCACAUCCUGAUGGCUCAGAUUCAUCUUUAUCAGAACAACUUUAAACUGGCCAACCAAUCUUUGGAGGUCGGACUCAGCUACAACUUUGAGGUGAGGGACCACCCUUUGUAUCAUCUGAUCAAGGCUCGGAUUCUGAAAAAAUCUGGAGACUCUGCAGAAGCUGUUAAAACUCUACAGAUGGCAAUGGCACUCCCAGGGGUCAAAGCAGCUGGAAAAGGACCAAUGUCAAAGAAAGGAAAGAUGCCAGACAUCGGUACAAACGACAGGGUGUCUGUGUUCCUAGAGCUGGCCGAGGCCCACACUGCACUCGGGGAGACGCAUGAGGCAGCUAAAGUGAUGCAGGACGCCAUUAAUGAUUUCAGUGGAACUGCAGAAGAAGUAAGAAUAUCCAUAGCUAAUGCUGAUCUGUCCAUUGCGCGGGGAGAUGUAGAAAUGGCCAUCACUAUGCUCAGAAAUAUCACCCCAGACCAAACUUACUACGUCAAAUCCAGAGAAAAACUGGCCGACAUCUACCUCCAUCAGAAGAAGGACAAGAGGCUCUAUACCGGUUGCUACAGGGAACUCUAUGACAAGCAGCCGAACAUUGAAACUGCGUUGUUACUGGGUGAUGCCUACAUGAGCAUCCAAGAGCCUGACAAAGCCAUUGAAGUUUAUGAGAAAGCAAUGAAGAGCAACCCAAAAGAGACUCAACUGGCCAGCAAGAUAGGUCAAGCUCUGGUCAAGACUCACAACUAUGGAAAGGCGAUAAACUACUAUGAGGCAGCUCUGCGAAAUGGUACGACUCAAGGUUUCCUGAGGCAUGAUCUUGCGGAGUUGCUGUUAAAGCUACGACAAUAUGACAAGGCAGAAAAGGUCUUGAAACAGUCCCUAGAUACAGAUGCAGCCUCUGAUCUGGAUACCAUGAUGGAGCAGACCAAGCUGAUGGUCCUACUGGCCAAAGUUUACCAGAAAGUGGACAGAAUGGAGGAUGCCAUGACAGCGCUGACCAAAGCUAGGGACAUGCAGGCCAGGGUUUUGAAGAGAGUGCAGAUAGAGCAACCCGACGUAGUGAGCCAACAAAAACAGCUGGCAUCAGACAUCUGUGUGACAAUGUCGGAACAAGUAAAGGGACAGAGGGACUAUGAGAAAGCCAUCAAGUUCUACAAGGAGGCCUUGGUUUAUAAUGAAAAUGAUAGCAAGGUUAUGUUGGAUUUGGCGGGAUUAUAUCUGAUGACAGAAGACUUGGACUCGUGCCAACAUCAAUUGAUGUCUCUUCUGAAAAACGAAAAAGAAAAUGAUGCUGCUACAAUCAUGUUGGCCGACCUUAUGUUCAGAAAGAAUGAAUAUGACUCAGCAGUCCACCAUUUCCAACAGCUGUUGACACUUAAACCAGAUAACUAUGAGGCCUUGGCUGGGAUUGUGGACCUGAUGAGGAGAUCAGGAAAGCUCGAGGAGGUGCCAAAAUUCCUAGAAGCCGCAGAAAACGCCUCAGGCAGGGCAUCCCUGGAGGCCGGAUUUAACUACUGUAAAGGACUUCAUGAAUGGUACACUGGUAACCCUACUGCAGCUCUGAAGUUAUUCAACAAAGCCCGUAAAGACAAUGACUGGGGAAACCUGUCUAUUUACAACAUGAUAGAGAUCUGUCUGAACCCCGACAACGACACGCUGGGCGGGGAAGUGUUCGAGGACGAAGGAACAGGAGCUGUGGAUAGAGACAAAAUGGAGAGUGAACAAGUGGCUGUCAGAACGGCUGAAAAAUUACUCAAAGAAGUGAAAGCUAAGCCUGGGGACUUGAGACCCACGAUGUUGGAGAACAUGUCACUGGUUGCUUCAAAACAAAAGCAGAAUGUGGAAAAAGCCCUGAAUAAUCUCAUGGAAAUCAGUGCUAAUGAGCCCAACUUGGAGAAUCCUGCUUCUGGUUCAGCGCGAGAACAUGUUGGUGCACUGUACGGGAUUGCAGCAGCUUAUAUGGUGCUGAAGCAGACACCAAGGGCCAGGAACCAGUUAAAAAGGAUUGCUAAAAAUAACUGGACCAUGCAGGAUGCUGAAGAUCUUGAAAAAGGUUGGCUUUUGUUGGCAGACAUCUACAUCCAGACAGGAAAGUAUGACAUGGCUACAGAACUGUUGAAGAGAUGCUUACAACACAACAAGUCCUGUUGCAAAGCUCACGAAUAUUUGGGAUAUAUUUUUGAGAAGGAACAGUCUUACAAAGAUGCUGCUUCUAGUUAUGAAAUGGCCUGGAAAUAUGGCAAUAAAAACAACCCAGUAAUAGGUUUCAAGUUAGCUUUCAAUUACCUGAAGGCGAAGAGAUUCGUUGAUGCAAUUGAUAUUUGUCAUCAUGUUUUAGGUAAUCAUCCAAAUUACCCCAAAAUUAGGAAAGAAAUUCUUGACAAAGCCAGAGCCUCUCUACGAGUGUGACACAUUGUGAAGCAAUCGACGAGACGACGUCAGGCAAUAUACUGAGUACACAUAGUGUUCUGUGACUGACAAUACUGUGAUAAUUAUAGAAAUCUCGACAAGCAUUCCGUCCAGGGGAAAGAACAGUGCAAGAAACUUAGAUAUUGUGAAUUUUUUAAAGUGGAAAUAAAUUAUGUAUUUAUACUAA